AGAUGGUGGGCGGUACAACAUCAACUCACACAAAACAUCUGAUUGGUUUUCUGCUUCACAACAACGUCGUCGUUCAUAUUUCCGUAAUAAAAAUAUAUAUUUCUGGAUUUUCACUCGGACAAAUUUUGGAAAAAUAUUUCUCAAAUAGUUGGAUUGAUCAGGCAGAUUGGGAAGUUUGAUAAGUUUCAUUACUUAUCAGAAAUCUGGAAACAUCAAGUUGAACAAAAUCGUUUAAGAAUUUGGUAGGAAUUUUGUGGGCUUGGCUUGCUGUUCCAAUUCUUACAAGCGACAUUUUGUGGAGAAUAUUUCCAUCUGUUUUGUUUUUGUUGAUUGAUUAAUAAGUCAAUUUUCCUGUGUCACCUCAAUUUUUAAGGGGAAUUAUAUUAUCGUCGUAAUUAUUGGCACAAUAAUUAUCGGACCUCCUCACCUGUCUUCCUCACCAACCACCACCCAACCCUUCACCCUUUUGUCAAAUUUUGAUUAAAGUGUCGUCCUUUGUGAAUCAUUACAACGGAGAACGCACGGAUCGAACUUUGUCAUCUUUUGCUUUUGUGCAAAUCUCUUUGCACAAGGCGAAAGAAGACUGACCCAUUUGGUCCAUAGGCCAUUCCAUAAGGUGAAAUCAGUCUGGCCUCCUUCGGGAGGGGGGAAGGGAGAAGGGGCUUUGGGCAAGCUCCCGAAGACUCUCCGCCCAAAAAGAAGCCCAGGGUUAUCGGCGGAAGUGGUAGUGGUAGCAGCACUAGCGGCAGCGCCAGUGGAGUGGUCAGCGAUAAUAUGCAGACCAACGUUUCGAAUGGUACUGCGUCUCCGAAAGCGAAUGGUGUUACAAAUGGAGUUCACGCAGAUCACGAUCACCACCCCGUUAACUCAAAUGUUGGAGAUAAAAAGCCCAGUGAAGACAUUGUCCGAAUUAUUGGGCAACAUUUGCUUACAAUGGGUCUCACGAAAAGCGCUGAAGCGCUGAUGGAUGAAUCGGGAUGCCGAAUGGAUCAUCCAACCGCUGCAAAAUUUCGUACACAUGUAAUGCACGGCGAAUGGAGUCGAGCUCACAAGGAUUUACAAGAAUUGAGAAAUUUGUUGGAAAAUCCAGAAAAUCUAUUGGAGAUGCAGUUUCUUUUGCUAGAACAGAAAUACUUGGAACUUUUAGAGGAAGGAAAAGUAAUUGAUGCAUUGUCAGUCUUACAAUAUGAGCUGACUCCGUUGAACCACAAGACGAGCCGUGUCCAUCAAUUGUCAGCGUUUAUUAUGUGUUCAACUCCGGAAGAGGUGCGUGAACAAGCUAGCUGGAAGGGGAAAGAGUCCAGGAUCAACCUCAUGGAACAACUGCAAGGGUUUUUGCCACCCUCUGUGAUGCUUCCUCCUCGCAGAUUGGACGCACUUUUGCAACAAGCCAUCGGUUGGCAAACGGACCUUUGUCCAUAUCACAAUAAGAAAUGGAACUUGGAAGAUGUCUCACUAGUUGUGGAUCAUAAAUGUACAAAGGAUAUGUUUCCCUCCUGUACAGUUCAAGUUUUGAACGAUCACAGUGAUGAAGUUUGGUUCUGUCGAUUCUCUCCGGACGGCACUAAACUCGCGACUGGUUCUAAAGACAACAAUCUCAUUAUAUGGGACGUGCAUCCGACGGAGCUUAAAUUAAACCACCGUCGAACAUUAGAGGGCUUUCAAUACGGUAUUUCAUACCUCUCAUGGAGUCCAGAUUCAAACUUUUUGAUAUGUUGUGGACCCGAGGAUACUCCAGAGCUUUGGGUUUGGAAUACAAAUACCGGAGAUCUUCACAUCAAGAUUGCACCUGGACCAGAAGAUUCUCUCACAUCCGCAGCUUGGCAUCCGGACUCGAAGAGAUUUGUUACGGGUGGAAAUCGUGGUCAAUUUUACCUCUGUGACUUGGAAGGAAAUGUGCUAGAUUCCUGGGAAGGUGUUCGCGUCCAAUGCUUGGGUUAUCGGGGUGAUGGGAAGACAGUAUUGGCUGCAGAUACUCAUCACAGGAUAAGAGGCUAUUUGUUUGGAACUCAGAAUACAGAUCAUAACAUUUUAAAGGAGGAAUAUGCCAUCAUGAGUUUCACAGUCGAUUCAACCGAUCGGUUGGCUCUUUUGAACGUAGCAACGCAAGGCGUUCACCUCUGGGAUCUUGAAGAUCGCUGUCUAGUUCGAAAAUUUCAAGGGGUUACUCAGGGAUUUUACACCAUUCACUCCUGUUUUGGUGGAUAUAAUCAGGACUUUAUUGCAUCUGGUUCUGAAGAUAACAAAGUCUACAUCUGGCACAUCAAGAAAGAACGGCCCAUCGCUGUUCUCCAAGGUCAUUCUCGCACCGUUAAUUGUGUGACUUGGAACCCCGUUAGACCAGACAUGCUUGUAUCUGUCUCAGAUGAUGGGACAAUUCGGUUAUGGGGUCCAUCAUCGGGCCAACAAGAACAACCCGCUGUGGUUGUCCCACCCCCUCCUUCAAGUCGGAAUGGGAAAUCCAACUGACAAAUGGGAAGAACUAAUAAUAAUUCUAUUUCUGGUGGUGGUGGUACAUCAUCAGGGCGAAGGAGUCGGACGCGUAAUCCGACCAGGUCCUAAAUAAUGAUAAUAUUUAAGUACUAACAUAAUUUAUGUUAAUGCAUUUUAAUCGUGACGUUAAGAAUAAAUGACAAGACGACUUGUACGAAUUUCGCUACAAAUUCGUAUUCAAGUUUUUGCGUUUCAUACAUAGAAUUGUACUGUUGGGUGUAUAAUGUAAUCAUUUUAGGUGAAGCCAACGAUUUCCUGCAUCUCCUUAUCCUUAAAGUGUAAUAAUUUAAUUUAUGUAACUAACUUUUCGUAACUUAUAUUGCAUUACAACAAUAAUAAGCAGGACAAGUACACAAGUUUAGAAUAUAUUUCGUUUUAAUUUGCAAAUACAUAUUUAAACAAAUUUUGCCAAUUUUUAUAGACACUUUGAUAUUAGUCGAGAAAACAAUAAUUAGUGGAUUAUCGAUCUAAUCCAGUUGCGGAAUGUUUUUAAUCAAUCUCUCGCGAGAAGAAAUAUUUAAUAAUUAUUGUCAAGCUGUUAGUAAUUAACUGUUAUUUAAUUUACUAGAUUAUGGCGGACGAGGCGAUAAAAAUCUGUGCAAGUAAUCAUUACUUUAGCUGGGGUUGUUAUCUUAUACUGUAAAAUCUAAUCGAAUCUAAUCCAACUUGUAAAACGUUUUUGUGACAAUUCAUGAAUCGAGAAUCCCAAGUUCUUCAUGUGUUUUAAACGAUCGAUAUAUCUAACCAAUAUACAUAAUAUAUUUAGUGUGUCGUCGUCGUCGCUCGCUAUUACUAAAAUUACAGCUAGAAAUAGAUAACUAUGUAUAUAUCGGACGAACGAAAAAAACGCAUUAACUAUUGCUCAUCGUUUUGACAAGUACAUACAUUUGAUUGAAUGGAAACCAUUAUUGUUGAUGAUGUGUUAUGACCUGGUUUUGUUUGUUAGUAAUAUUUAUUAUUACAAUCGUUAUUCAAUUUGGACGUUACCUCCUCACAAGUUAUAUCGUAUCUGACAAAUUAUUAUUACAAUAAUGAAAACAAUAAAAACACGAAAAUUGUACAGAAA